AUGUGGAUUAUCAACUGGUUCUACGAUGUCCUCGCAUCCUUAGGUCUGCUAAACAAGCAUGCCAAACUCCUGUUCCUGGGUCUUGACAAUGCGGGCAAGACCACGCUAUUGCACAUGCUGAAGAACGACCGUGUGGCAAUCCUCCAACCCACCCUCCAUCCUACCUCCGAGGAACUCGCCAUUGGCAACAACCGCUUCACAACCUUUGAUCUUGGUGGUCAUCAGCAAGCACGCCGCCUCUGGCGUGAUUACUUCCCUGAAGUCAGCGGCAUUGUCUUCCUUGUUGAUGCCAAAGACCACGAGCGCCUGCCCGAAUCCAAAGCCGAGCUCGAUGCUCUGCUCGCCAUGGAGGACCUCGGCAAGACCCCUUUCCUGAUCCUCGGCAAUAAGAUCGACCACCCAGACGCUGUGUCUGAAGAUGAACUGCGACAUCAGCUGGGGCUGUAUCAGACAACGGGCAAGGGCAAGGUGCCACUUGAGGGUAUCCGGCCAAUUGAGGUCUUCAUGUGCUCGGUUGUGAUGAGACAGGGUUAUGGUGAGGGCAUCCGGUGGCUGGCACAGUAUGUUUAA